CAGAAAUCCGCAAUGGGUCACGUAUUGCGUUCAGAGUGGUGGUGCGACCAGUCGGUAAGGCGCCUGGCGCAACAGCCAAAUCGGCGCCGCCGUCGCCUCUGGUCAGGACUCUCUGGUCCAAGCGAAGCAAAGGACAAUGGCUGUUACACGGAAUUCAGUAUGCAGGUAGCGUUCGCCGGCGUCUAAGCGGCGUACCUGUUGCCAAGACCAGAUUAUUGCCGGUUCGGCCAUAAAACAGGUAACAGCCGGACUGGCCGAGUGGGUGACAUUCCUGGAAAUCCCGUGGAAAGCACGCUAGCUGAAUGAAUAUAUAUCAAUUGCUUGCAUAGGCGGAAACUACCUCAGUUGAUAAGUUUCCGUCCAGCCGAACAGGUCGAAAUGCAGAUGCACAUGGAGUUCUCAAAUGCUUACGGUUACGAUCCAAUCAGCAGGCCACUGCCUCCGCCACAGCAACAGGUGUCCAGCAAUGGGUUUACUGACGAUUCCGAUUCCUGCUUCCGCCGGGGAUCCUACAUUGAACUGGCCACAGGAGCCCUACGCCGUGUAGAGGACAUACGCACGGAGGACUUUAUCCAGUCAGCGUUACGAAGCCAACUCUUUGAUCUCCGGGAGGCUACAGUGGUCCGGAUCAACCGGGGAUCCCCCAACCAUGUAACGCUAACCUUUAGCUAUGACACACAGCAUGCCAAGUUGGACUUGGAGGUGCUGCCGGGUCAUCCAAUGUUCGUUUAUGGACAGGGCUGGGCGUCCUGUAAUCCGCAAUUGUCAUUGCAGCUGUACGAGCUCAAGUGUCAGCAGCUGCAGGUGGGCGAUAUUUGCUUGUCGUUGGUGCCGCGCGAGCACCCCGUGGCACCACGUCCUCCCCCGCCGCCACCGUGCCCACCUCCCCCACCGCCAGUGGAAUUGCCAACUAGUAUGGCUUCUCCUCCCGCGGGAGCCUAUGGAUUGACCCCAUUUGAGCAUCCGUACCAGGUGUACGCCCAGAUGGCCAGUUUUGUGGCCGUCUACACCCAGCACAUGAUAGAAAAGCUACAAAAUUAGGCCACAUACCACCGGUUAAAGCACAAAUGUAUAUGACGAUUUAGGGAUAUAUUUAGCGAUAUCCCCGGGAUACGUCGCAUACGUUAAAUAAUUUAUUUACAAUACUGUACUCUGUAAUGCACAAUUACUCUGUAUUUUACCAAAUAUUAAAUAAAGUUUAAAAAUGCCCGCA